CCUGUCCCCACCGGUAGCCGGGUCCCUGUUCCCACGGGCGGCGUAUCCUCAACCUGAGAGGCUGUGGGUGAUGGACUGGUUUUUUUUUUCGGUCACGGAGGGGCGGUGCGACUGAUGUGAGACCAAUCCAGCCAUGGGUAGUGUGAAUAACUCAGAAGGUCCCUGGCUACAAAGAUUUGCAAAUGGGAAACCUGUGAGAAGACCCAAGCGGCAAAAGCCUUGGAGGGCAGCACCUGAUCAAAGCCGAGACAUCAUUGCUUCUGCUCAGUGCAUCUUGGACAGAGAAAAUUUUGUGAGGGAGGUGGACAGAUAUUUGAAGCACACUGAUUUCCUAGAGCUGAGAAAGACAGAGCUUCUCUACAAAAAAUAUCUUGAGAAUAUUUCAGAGCCAGUUAUGCAGAAAAUUAAGGACCAAAUGGACAGCCAGUCAGAGAAAGAAGUAUGGAAAAGAAGACGAGAACAAUUCUCUCAAUAUUUAAACUACUGUACAAAGAAGGGCUAUGUGUUUUUGGAUGAUUAUGACCCAUCAGAGUAUGAUCCAUUCUUCCAGAAGACCUGCACAGACUGCUGGAAGGUGUCAGCAGGAUGGAAUUCAUCAACGAGCACAAUGACAGAGAGAGCCAAUGAUGUCACCUAUACUCCAGCUGACCACAGCAGCAAGUACAGCCAUCAAAGCUCCUUUUGAAGCAGUCUGACUGCAUUCAGCUGUUUUGAAUGCAAGCAUCCACAGGAAAUAAUCAGCAAGGACACAAUAUUGACUGUAAACCCAGCAAACUUCCUGGGGAAAGAAUGACAGAAUAAUGAAAAGGAAAAUGUAAGACUGCAGGGGUCCUAUGCCAGGAUGUGCAGCUACACCAAGAGGAAAAGUGAUUUUGUUCUGUUCACAGAGCUAUGUCAGCAACUUAAGACAAGGGACAUCUCACUGACUCCAGUUCCUUCUUUGCUAGGGAGGUUUGCCAUUACAGCUACAACUAAUAGCUCCCAGAAAAGACUCCAGAUACAAAGGUCUUUAAAUCUGGGGGAAAACCAGAAUUUUCCCAAGCCACAAACCUAUCUGAGUAAACCAAAUUUGCCUGCUCCCUUUCCAAUACCAUCAUACUUGUUCUAGAAAAAACAGCAGGAAAAAUUGCUAUUAUUCAACAGAGACAUUAUAAUACUCAGACCAGCAAUUCUUUGAAAUGCAACAAUGUAUUUUUAAAAAUAUAUUCUCUCAUAUCUCAAAGCUGUUCUG